AUGCAGCUCACUUGGUACCUGGCGGCCAGCGCGGUCAUUGCCACCACCCAAGCUUCUCCGCACCCCGCAUACCAGCAACAAGUGCUAGACACACUCGUCUCGCCCGCACCACCAAGUCUUGCAAGCCCAAAUAAUGAGGAGCUACGACCUGAGGACGUGAUUAGCAAAGACCCGCUGCUUUCUUUCCACAGAGACCUCAUCAAGAUCGAGUCCAUCUCCGGCAACGAACAUGCCAUAAGUAACUUCCUCGCGGACUUCCUCCGAGAACAGAACUUCACGGUCGUGAAGCAAGCUGUCCCUCCUGUGAAGGCAAAGGAUGUUGAAACCGAUGAGAGCUACGAUGAGGAGACCGACCCCAACCCACGCUCCAACAUCUACGCCUAUCCAAACGGUCACCCCGACAAGCCCUCCGUCUUCCUCACCAGCCACAUCGACACCGUCCCCCCAUUCAUCCCCUACUCCGUGCGCCAGCCCGACACCUCAUCCCAGCACACCGACGACCUCAUCAUCGCCGGCCGCGGCAGCGUCGACGCAAAAGCCAGCGUCGCCGCCCAAAUCUUCGCCGCCCUCGAAACCCUCGCGGCUAACCCCUCCGCCAGCCUCGGCCUCCUCUUCGUCGUCGGCGAGGAAAUCGGCGGCGACGGCAUGAAGACCUUCUCCCGCUCAACCCUCAACACGGAAGGCACCUACCACACCGUCAUCUUCGGCGAGCCCACCGAGGCCGCCCUGGUCUCCGGCCACAAAGGCAUGGUCGGCUUCGAGGUCUACGCGCACGGCAAAGCCGCCCACUCAGGCUACCCCUGGCUGGGCAAGAGCGCUGUCUCCGCGAUCCUGCCCGCCUUGACCCGCCGAAGGCGGGCUCCCUCGUCGCCGAAAUACGGGCAGACCACGCUGAAUGUGGGCGUGGUGCGCGCCGGCGUCGCGACGAAUGUCGUCCCGUCGGAAGCGUGGGCUGAUGUCUCUGUGCGUCUAGCGGCGGGGACGCCGGAGGAGGCGCGGGCGAUCAUUCGCGAGGCGGUGGCUAACGUGACGGCUGAUGUUGAGGCGGAGGUCGUGGUUGACUUCAGUCAUCAUCUGGAGGCGUAUGAGCCGCAGGAUCUGGAUACAGAUGUCCCCGGGUUCGAUGUCAUUCCGGUCAACUAUGGGACCGAUGUGCCGGCACUGCAGGUUAAGGAGGGGGUGAAGAGGUAUCUGUAUGGACCUGGGACUAUCUUUGUCGCGCAUGGCGAUAACGAGGCGCUGACCGUGGGUGAGUUGAAGGAUGCGGUUGUUGGGUACAAGAAGUUGAUUGCGGCUGCUCUUGAGAGAGAGACGGCUGGUCUGGUUUGA